CAGCAGGUAUCUGGUGGCGGAGCUCUUGGGCGCCAUUUACGUGUGUGCAGGCCAACCGGGCUCUUGAGGAGCAGUCGCCGCGCUGCUGAGUCUUGCUCCCCUCACAAGGCUAACCUUCCUCCGAUCGGCCAAACAGCAAGCCUCUCCUACAGUGUCUCGAUCUCUUGAUGCAUUAUCGACUUUAGCGUCUGGUUGGAGUGUUUGAGCCCCCGAAACUAGGGGCAAUGGGCGAAAAUUUUGCCCCGAGUUUUACCAAGAAGCCGAAACUCCGUCAGGAGGAUGACGGCAACAAACUCAUAUUCGACUGUCAGCUGUCGGCGUCCCCGCAGCCGGACAUCGAGUGGUAUCGAGGCGACGUGAAGGUUACGGAAAGCCGCAGAAUCAAGAUCACCGUCAAACAGACGUCGAAAAACAUUCACGAUGUCCAGUUGAUUCUCGACGAUGUGGAAGAGGAAGAUGCCGGGCUUUACAAGGUCAAAGCCAAGAACAAAUAUGGCGAGGUGUCGGCAUCCAUCAAUCUUAACUUCAGUCCGAACGAACAGACUGCCGAUAAAAAACCGCCUCCUCGCCGUUACUCAUCAUUAGCUCAUAACCAUUAUCUAAACACCUCCGAGGGGGCAUUCGGUCGGCCUGCCUCCCGCAGUCAGGCCUCGACCUCACGCCCGUCAACAUUCCGCUUUCCUUUCGGCAGCGAGGCGGCUGAAAGGCUUUCGAACGCGAUACGAAACUACGCAAACGAAACAAUGUCCUCGAGAGCUCGGAGUUCGAUGCAGUGGUCGCAGAGGACGGCGGCGGGAGCUGAAAGUGCUGAUGUCUUCUCUCUCAGUUCGAGAAAGAGUUCGGUGUCAAGUUCGGAGAGUUCGAGGGUGAGGAGGGACUCGCGAGUGUCCGUGAAUCAGAGCUCGUCCUCGCGGCGGGAGAGUUUGCAGAUGAACGAGACGAGUUCCUUCUCGAAAUACCACUCUCGACGCGAGGAUACUUUGGAAAACGAUUUCUCUUUUGAAAAUAGAUCCUCGCGAAGAGAUAGUUAUUACGCGAGUAAAGGGGACCACUACGACUAUAAGGAGAGCCAUGCCGUCGACCUGAACAGCAACAAACGAAAAUCCUCGACAGUAUUCGACCGUUCAGUGCACAAUGACAGCUACGAUGGACAAAUCGACGGCGUCGCGCCCACCUUCGCCCAGAAGCCCGUUAUCAAGCAGGAGGAAGGAGGAAAGAACAUUAAAUUCGAGACUCGAAUCUUGGCGGAUCCGAAGCCAGCCAUCACCUGGACCCGCGACGGACUCAGGGUGCAAGAGUCCGCGCGGUGCAAGGUGACGAUGGAGAAGGAUCAAAAAUACUACUUCAUCACGCUGGCCUUGACCAACGUUACCGUAGAGGACGCCGGCAAGUACAAGAUCACCGCCAAGAACGAGCUCGGAGAGAGUAACGCCACCAUUAGCCUUAACUUCGACAGCGACGAGGCCCCGUUGCCUCCCGCCGAAGGUGUCCGCCCGACCUUCACCGAGCGUCCCAGCAUCAAGCAGAGCGACGACUGCUCAAGUGUCAUCUUCAGAUGCCGCUGCGUUGGCAACCCUAAACCAACCAUCUCCUGGGAAUUUAAGGGUAAGAAAAUAAAGGAGGGAGGCCGCUACAAGAUGAAACUCGAGACCGACGGCAACAUCUACUUCAUCGCCACACUCGAGAUCGCAGGCGUCUCUUCCUCGGACGAGGGCGAAUACAGGGCCAUCGCCAGCAACAAGCUCGGGGAGGGCGUGGCCAACAUCAACCUACACUUCGAGGGUAAAACCGCCUCUGAUAAGCCCAAGAUCCCUGACGGCAAGGCGCCCAGAUUCCCUAAGAAGCCUGAGAUCCGUCAGGAGGGAGACAAGCUGAUCAUGGAGUGCCUCCUGGAAGCCAACCCUGAGCCGGAGGUCACAUGGUUCAAGGGCGUCCAGAUGGUGCAGGAACAAGGCCGCAUUUCCAUGUACAAGAAGAUCUGCGGGAAAGACCAGUAUGUUGUCUCAGUCACCAUCAUGAGUCCUGUGGUUGAAGAUGGCGGCCAGUGGAGGUGCAACGCCUUCAACCCAUUCGGUGACUCGAAUGCCAACAUUGCCCUUAAUUUCGAAAAGGGCAAGGCAGUCCCGGAGGGAUUCGCACCCACUUUCCUCGACAAACCAUCCAUUAUCCCCAACGAAACUGGCACCAUGAUUACCAUGAAGGUUCGUUGCAAGGCCAAGCCUCAGCCGACAGUUGAGUGGUUCAAGGACGGCAAGAAACUGGAAGCUGUCAAGCGCUUGGUCAUCAAGGAGCACAAAGUGACAGCCGAGAUGUUCGAAUACUCGUGCAUCGUCAAGGAUCCGUGUGGUGCUGACGCCGGCAAGUACAAAUGCGUGGCCAUGAACCAGUUCGGCGAGGCCACCGCCAACGUCAACCUCAACAUCGAGGCUGACCAAGAGCCUUCAGGUCAAGCGCCAGUGUUUAUCGAAAAGCCGAGCAUCAAGUUCGAGGAGAAGGCCGGGCGCGUGCUGAUGGAGGCCCUGGUGCGAGCCGACCCUCAGCCGACGUCCCGCUGGACGAAGGACGGCAAGGAGCUGGACAGCUCCAAAGUGACUGCCACUGUCACCAGGGAGAAGGACGACCUCUACCGCAUCCGGCUGGAGCUGAGGAAGCCACAGCCGACUGACGGUGGCGUUUACAAGUGCAACAUUAGGAACGAAUUUGGAGAGCUUAAUGCCAACCUGAACCUCAAUAUCGAAGUCGCUCCUACGAUCAAGAAACCUCCCAAGAUCGUGUCGGUGUUCAACAGGAAGGUCGUGAUGGAAUGCGUUGUCAUGUCCACUUCCAAGCCCGCCUGCAACUGGUUCAAGGAUACCACCAAGGUCAGGUUGGACACACGCCACUGCGUUAACAUCAUUGAGGAGGGCGAGGGCAAGUACGUUGUCCAGAUGGAGAUGCUGAAGGCAGAAAAGUCGGACUGCGGCAUGUACAAGCUCGUGGCCAAGAACGAGAAGGGCGAGACCACUUCCCAGACCGUCCAGCUCAUCGAGAGCAUGCUGGAGGAGAAGAAAGAGAAGAAGGAAGAGAAGGAAUCUUCCGAGGAGGAAGAGGAAGAAGAAGUGGAAAGCGAUGACACGGUUGUGAUGGAAGACGAUGUGAAAGAAGAAGAGGAGAUAUAUAAAGAGCCGGAAGAAGAGGAAGAAGAGAUUAUUGAAGAGACUGACGUGACGAUGGAAGAGGAGGUUACCGAGGAAGAAGAGAAGAAAAAGAAACCUAAGAAGAAGGAAGAGGAGAAGAAGAAGGAGGAGGAGAAAAAGAAGGAGGAAAAGAAGAAGGAAGAGGAGAAAAAGAAAGUCGAAGAGAAGAAGAAAGAGGAAGAGAAAAAGAAAGUGGAGGAGAAGAAGAAAGAGGAAGAGAAAAAGAAAGUGGAGGAGAAGAAGAAAGAGGAAGAGAAAAAGAAAGUGGAGGAGAAGAAGAAAGAGGAAGAGAAAAAGAAAGUAGAAGAAAAGAAGAAAGAGGAAGAGAAAAAGAAAGUAGAAGAAAAGAAGAAGGAGGAAGAGAAAAAGAAAGUAGAAGAGAAAAAGAAGCCCGAAGAGAAGAAGAAGGAGGAGCCGAAGAAGCCCGAGGAGAAGAAGAAGGAGGAGGCCAAGCCGGCGGCCAAGCGAGCCAAGGAGGAGGCCAGGCCGUCGGACGCGAGCGAGAGCGAGGCGCCGUCCGAGAAGGAGAGCGCCAGGCCGCGCCGCAAGGCCCCGGCGCCCAAGAGCGAGUCGGAGCUGACGGAGAGCGAGGGCGAGGAGGUCCGGCGCAAGAAGGUCAUCAAGAAAGUCGCCGCCAAGAAGGAGCUGAGGCCGGCCGAGGACAGCACGAUGGACGAGGACACGAUGACGGAGGGGGAGGAGCAGGAGGCGCCGCGGAAGGUCAAGAGGACGCUCAAGACGCCGAAGAAGGUAAGAGCCCGGAAUAGUCCCGUACUGGUAAUGUUUUGUUAUUAUUCCCUGUCACAACACCCGGUAACUUACAUCAUAGCCUUUGAAUAUGAUAGAUUCUUGUUACUUCGUGUUCUCCUUUACAAAACUUGUUGUUUUAUGAGUCAUGCACACAUGAAUGUUUUUACUUGUCAUAGAACCACCACCCGGCGCGUAGACGAAGACGAGGAGACAGAGGAAGAGAUUCAAGAGGAAAUCUCUGAAUCUGAGACUUUGAUCUCCGAGUCAGAGGAAGAGGUAGUUAAGAAGCCGGAAAAGGCAAAUGAACCGGAAAAGAAAAAGGAGCCGGAGAAGAAAAAAGAGGAGGUGAAGGAGGAAAAGAAAAAGGAGGAGGUAAAACAGGAAAAGAAAGAGGAGCCAAAGAAGAAGGACUCGAAGAUAAGGAUGGAAGAGGAGAUCGUAGAGACGGUAGAGGAAAAGAAAGAAAAGCAGAAAAAAGAUUCAAAGAUCAAAAUGGAGGAGGAAAUAGUAAAGAUUGUCGAAGAAAAGACAGAAGAACCCAAAAAGAAAGAGGAACAAACCAAAAAGAAAACCUCAAAGGUCGAGGAAAAGGUGGAAGAGGUUGUCGAGGAAAAGGGAAAUCCCCAUAAGAAGACAGAAGAGGCUAAAAAGAAAACUUCAAAGGUCGAGGAAAAGAUAGAAGAGAAAACGGAAACUAAGAACCCGCCAGAAAAGAAAAAGUCGUCCAAAGUCGAAGAGACAGUAGAAAAGACUGUCGUGGAGGAAAAGAAGGAAGAACCUAAAUCAAAGAAGAUAAAAACAGAAGAGGAAACCGUUAAGAAGACCGAGGUAGAGAACCCCGCAAGGAACCCGAAGAAGGAAGAGUUCAGGAAAGUAGACGAUUACUGGAACGAAAAGUUUGAUGACGAGGACGACAUUCCUUCUAAGCCGCUGGUCAAAAAGCUGCCCACUCCGCCGCCCAUCUACGUCCCGGAGACAGAAUCGGAGGAGUCCGAGGGCGAGGACCUCAUGGCCAGCCUUCUGUCGCAGUUCAUGGGGCAGAAGAAGAAACAAAAGACCUUCGAGAGUACCCCUCGAGAGCCCCGCAAAAAGUCCUUUGAUAGCCGCUCGUUAGAGCCGGAAGACGAGCCCGAGGAACAGAGCGCCGCUUUCACUGCCCAGCAAGAACCCGAGAAAAAGAAAUCCUCCGUCGAGGGGGACGCGACCGUGACGACACCCAAGAAGAAAGAACCCGAGGUAAGUGAGGAAGACGCGGCGCUGACCAUUAAACCGAAGGAGAAGAUCAAGUCGCCGCCUCCCCCGCUGGGGAAACAUGAAGUGCUCACGUCCGUCAUCAAGGAAACCGACGAAGACGCGGAAUCAAGCCCUCCUUCGCCGCCGCCUCCUCCCAAGGAAGAGCCGAAAAAGGGAACGAAAUCCAAGGCUGAUCUCGAGGAUAUGACGCCCAUGGAACGCUACUUGUAUGAGCUCUUUGGAGGGACAGUUGACGAAGAAGACGAAGCUCCGGUAGGCAAUACGGUACCUAGAUGGCGGUCCGCCUCGCCCAGGGACCUAGUUGCCACCCGCGUCAGUGGAGCGCCCCUUUCCCUGCGGCGAGGCGACCCCUGCGUCCGACGUGUGACCCGGCGCCAGCACGGGGCGUCGCAGCUCUCCUUGGUUUCUGCAUUCGAAGAUCUCGCCAAGGAAGAGGUGAGGGAGGAAAAGAUGGAGCAACAGGAGGCCGCCCAGGUUGCAGAGGAAACGAUGGUUCAGGAGACCGAGGCUAAAAAGAAGGUUGUUAAAAAGAAGGAGAUUAAGAAAGAGGAAGCGGAGGAGUUUAAAAUGCCGCAGCUGAAAAAGGUAGAAGUUAAAAAGCAGGAGGUUAAAGAAGAAGCUAAACAAGUUGAACUCAAAAAAGUUGAACUUAAAAAACAAGAAGUUAAACAGGAAUCUCAACAGGUAGAGCUUAGAACAGUAGAGACUAAACAAGAAUUUGCUUUUGGGGAAGCUCAGCAGAUGCAACUAAAAAAAGUAGCGAUUAAACAACAUGAGGCCCAUGUAGAGGAAGCUGCUUUUGGAGUGCAAUUGAAGAAAGUAGAGGCUAAGCAGGAGUUCACUUCCGGAGAAGCUCAGACAGUACAACUCAGGAAAGUUGAAGCUAGGCAGGAGGUUUCCGUUGGAGAAGCCCAGAAAAUUCAGCUUAAAAAAGUAGGAGCCAGAGAGGAGUUGUCUGUUGGAGAAGCUCAGAAAGUGGAACUCAGGAAAGUAGGCGCUAAACAAGAAAUGGCUGUAGAUGAAGCUCAGAGAGUGCAACUAAAAAAGGUUGAGCAUUUUAAACAAGAGGGAGUAGAGGAAGCUCAGAGGAUUCAGCUUAGGAAAGUUAGCGCUAAGGAAGAGAUGCUUGUAGAUGAAGCUCAGAGGGUGCAGCUAAGAAAGGUUGAGCAUACUAAACAAGAAAGCAUGGAGGAAGCUCAGCGAAUCCAACUAAAAAAAGUGGGCGCUAAGCAAGAAGUAACUGUAGAGGAAGGCCAGAGGGUGCAACUAAAAAAGGUUGAGCGAACUAAACAAGAGGGCAUAGAAGAAGCCCAGAGAGUGCAACUAAAAAAGGUUGAGCAUACUAAACAAGAGGGCAUAGAGGAAGGCCAGAGAGUGCAACUAAAAAAGGUUGAGCGAACUAAACAAGAGGCUGUAGAUGAGGCGCAGAAGAUCCAACUAAAAAAGGUUGAGCCUAAAAAGCAAGCUGCCGUAGAAAAUGCUGAGAAAGUUCAACUAAAAAAAGUAGAGCCUAAAAAGCAAGCUGUCGUAGAAGAAUCUGAGAAAGUAGAGCUGAAAAAGGUAGAGCGCAAAGUCGAGCAGACCAUCAAGGACGAACCCAAAGCCCCCAAAGAGACGGCACAGAGCGACGAACCAGAGGAAAAGACUCAGAGGAUAGACCAUCGCGAACAACAAGAGGAAUUCGAGUCUUAUGAAGAGGAGGCAAUUCAGAAGAAGCAGCAGAACCCUAAAAAACCGGAAGAUAAACCCGACUCUAAAGAAACAGCGAAAAAGCUAAACCCCAAGAACCCCAAAGAUAAACCUGAAAGUAAUCCGGGUCCUGAAAAUCCCAAGAACCCUAAAAAAAAUCCAGAAAAACCGAAAAUCGUAGAGCCCCCCAAAGCGGUAAAGCCAAUCCCACAACGAAGGAGCGGCGUUGGUGCGAUUAUUGAGUCUAACGAACUAGGUGUGACGCAAGCGAUCAGUGAACUAAACGUAGACAGUAGUGGUGUGGUGUCCCGCCGCUACACGGUCGGGAACGUAGUCGAGUACACACGCGACGGACCGAUAAAUAUAACGAUCGAGGAACUGAGCUGUGACCGACAGCAGGAGCAGGGAGACAGGGAGCCGGGGCUGACGGGGCCGGAGGACUUUCCCCAACCCGAGGGGGGCGGCGCCGGAGACUCUAACGUACGGAAAGAAACGGACAGUGAGUGGUCAUCGCCCCCCGUCUCCUCGAGACCUCCCCGCCUGAGCCUGCCCCUGGCAAGCAGGCCUUCCCUCAACAUCGUUCCUCCCCUGCAACAAAGCCCCUCCCUCCUGAGCCCCCCCGAGGAGGACCUCCCCAUGCUCUUCAUCAACAGGCGUAGGAGUAACAUCCCGCUGCCGGAAAUCUUGGAAACUCCCGAGGACGAGGACAAGGGCAUGAAGCUCUUCCUGCAGCAGCGGAGGAAGAGCCUCACCAACUGCUGGGAGGCUCCUAAGAUCGAAGUAUCGAAGGAGAAGACUCCCGAGCGCCGUGGUUCCCUGGUUCCUGGAUCUGGACCCUCUAGCAGAAGGGGAUCUCUCAUCCCCCCUGAAGAAGGAGCAGGUGGUCGCAGGCCGUCGCUCCUGAUCGCAGACGAGAGUCGCUUGAGACCAGGAGAAAUUCUAGACGAUGACCAGCGACGUCGACCGAGCAGCGAUGUCCGCCGUCCCUCGGUCCAGGACGACGAGAAGAUGGACAAGCCGAGCACGCCGCUGCGCCCCAUCGGCCAGCCCGGGCCCCCGUCCAUCGUCGACGUCCAGCAGAAGUACACAGCCGUGGAAGACCAGAACGGCUACAUUGACCUCAUUGUGGAGGGCAACCCACCACCCUCGAUCAAGUUCUUCAAGGGCUUCACCGAAAUCAAUGAAGGCGGUCGCUACAAGGUCCACACGGACGGCGAGACCAACUGCGUCACGCUGUGCAUCCGAAAGACCAAGCCCAACGACGAGGGCAGGUACAAGGUGGUGGUUUCGAACCAGCACGGAGAGGAUUCCGCUGAGAUGGACUUCUACGUCUCGGACGCCAGCGGCAUGGACUUCCGUGCCAUGUUGAAGAAGAAGAAGUACGCCAAGUGGAAGAAAGACAACGAGGACCCAGACUGGGGCGACCUCAAGGAGACCGAGAAGGAGCAGAAGCCUCAGCUCCGCAAGGUCGAAAGGAAGGUCGAGUCUUGGGUCAAGCCCCUGGUUGACCUCACCGUCAAGGAGGGCAAGGACAAGACCGCCAAGUUCGAGGGCGAGUUCUCCAAGAAGGACUCAAAGGCCAAGUGGUUCUUCAAGAAGGAUGAAUUGUUCCCCGGCUCCAAGUACAAGUUCAAGGCUGAGGGCUGCGUGCACGGCAUCACGAUCAGCCGGCCCACCAUGGACGAUAUGGGCAAAUAUACCGUGGAGUGCAUGGGCAUCUCCUGCUCGGCUAUCCUCACCGUGCAGGAACCCGACCCCGACUUCAAGUUCACGAAGCCUCUGCCGAAGAAGUCCUCGAGCUACACCGGCAAGGACGCCGUUCUUGAGGCUGUCGUCAACUCCCACAAGGCCAUCGUCCACUGGUACAGGGGAGACCAGAAAAUUGAGGAAAACGACAAAUACGAGACGUACAAGGACAUGACUGGCACGGUGCGUCUGACCAUCAAGAAGGCCUCCAAGAAGGACAAGGGCAAAUACACAGCCAAGAUCUUCAAGGUUGAGAAGGAGUCCUGCGAGUGCAACCUCAACAUUGUCGAUCAACCGUUCAAGUUCACAAAGCAGCUGAGGUCGAUGACCGUGACCGAGAACAACAAGGUCGUCCUGGAGUGCGAGGUCGACGAGGCUGAAGCUACCGUCGAGUGGUUCGCCGGCGAGAAGAAGCUCGAGUCCGACUCAGGAUACAAACCCGACCCCGACUUCAAGUUCACGAAGCCUCUGCCGAAGAAGUCCUCGAGCUACACCGGCAAGGACGCCGUUCUUGAGGCUGUCGUCAACUCCCACAAGGCCAUCGUCCACUGGUACAGGGGAGACCAGAAAAUUGAGGAAAACGACAAAUACGAGACGUACAAGGACAUGACUGGCACGGUGCGUCUGACCAUCAAGAAGGCCUCCAAGAAGGACAAGGGCAAAUACACAGCCAAGAUCUUCAAGGUUGAGAAGGAGUCCUGCGAGUGCAACCUCAACAUUGUCGAUCAACCGUUCAAGUUCACAAAGCAGCUGAGGUCGAUGACCGUGACCGAGAACAACAAGGUCGUCCUGGAGUGCGAGGUCGACGAGGCUGAAGCUACCGUCGAGUGGUUCGCCGGCGAGAAGAAGCUCGAGUCCGACUCAGGCGCCAAGAUCAUGAAGGACGGCAGGAAGAGGCAGCUGGUCUUCAAGAGCAUCCAGAUGUCCAAUGCUGGCUUCUACACCUGUAAGACGAACGCUGACGAGACGACGUGCGAAGUCAUCGUUCAGUAUGAAAACAAGUUCAAGAAGAAGCUGCAGGACGUGACCUCGUUCGAGCGCCAGCCCGCCCACUUCGAGUGCGAGCUGGUCGACCCGAACGCCCCGAUCCAGUGGUUCGUGAACGGCAAGGAGGUCGAGAACUCGGAUAUCUUCGAAAUCAAGAAGGACCGCGGAAUCCACAGACUCAUCAUCAAGGAAUGCGCCGGCGAACACGAAGGCGAAAUCAAGGUGGUCUGCGGGUCUCUGGAGUGCUCGUGCCAGCUGAGCGUGGGCGAGGGCGAGAAGCCACCCAGCAUCAAGCCCGAAGAACCCAUCGAAGGCCCCGUCACCAAGCCUCUGGUCUUCGACGUUCCUUACACAGUGCCCGGCGCAAGGAUCUCUAAGGUCGACGCCAAGCUGCUGAGGGGAGGCAAGCCCAUCCCCAUGAAGGAAGUCGAGGUCAAUAUUCAGGAUAAGAAGGUCACCUACACCAUCAAGAAGCCCUCUAGGGACCAGUCCGGCAAGUACACCAUCAAGAUGUCCAACAAGGCUGGCGAGAGCAGCAAGGAGGUCAAGAUCAACAUGCAGGACCGCCCGAGCCCGCCCACGGAGAUCGAGGUGUCGGAGGUCUUCAGCACCUCCUGCGUGCUGACCUUCAAGCCCCCCAAGGACGACGGUGGAAUGGCUCUCACCUACUACACGGUGGAGCGCCAGGACUUCUCCGUCAAGGCGUCACAUCCGCAUAUCUGGGAACGAACAGGAGGAUGGGCCCAGGUCACGGAGAUCCCCGCCGACGAGCCCCUCCGCUUCAAGAUGGAGGACCUCGAGAACAAGAAGCAGUACAAGUUCCGAGUCACCGCCAGCAACAAGCUCGGAGCUUCGGAUCCUGCCGUUUACCCGAAGGUCGUCUUGGCGAAGGAUCCUUGGGAUGAACCCGGCAAGAUCAUGCACGUUGAGGUGAAUGACUGGGGUCCCGAGCACGCCGACCUGCGCUGGUCGAAGCCCGAGACCGACGGUGGCUCGCCCAUCACAGGCUACGUCAUCGAGUUCAGGGACCGCUUCAGCGACUGGAGCAAGGGUAUCGAGAUCCAGGGCGACGUGACGGAGGGCACCAUUCCCAACCUGAAGGAGGGUAACCAGUAUGAGUUCCGUGUCAGGGCUGUCAACAAGGCAGGUCCCGGUGAACCCUCUGACCCAACCAAGCCUAUUCAGGCUAAGAACCGCUUCGUGAAGCCCUACGUCAAGAACAAGGAGGAGUUCAAGAACAUCGUGAUCAAGAAGAGCCAGCUGUUCAAGCUUGAUAUCAAGUACGGUGGUGAACCCGAGCCGAAGGCCAUCUGGAAGAAGGACGACAAGGAGGUCAUCCCCGACGAGGAGGAAAGGAUCACCAUCGAGCAGUAUGAGCGCAACACCGUCUUCACGCUGAGGAAGGGCGUCCGCUCCGAUACCGCCAAGUACAAGCUGUGCCUCUCGAACUCCGUCGGCGAGUGCGAGGAAGUGGCUGACGUCGUUGUCCUCGCCAAGCCCAACCGCCCCGAGGGACCACUCUUCCCUGAGGAGAUCCGCGCUGACCACGUCAAGCUCAAGUGGAAGAAGCCCAAGGAUGAUGGUGGUCUUCCCAUCGAGGGUUAUGUCAUCGAGAAGAUGGACAUGGACACCGGCACAUGGGUUCCUGCUGGAGAGAUCGGCCCCGAGAAGGAGGAGUUCACAGUGGACGGCCUGACUCCGAAGAAGAAGUACAAGUUCCGCGUGAAGGCCGUGAACAAGGAGGGCGAGUCUGAGCCCCUCGAGAACGAUGAGCCCAUCACGGCUCGCAACCCCUACGAUGAGCCAAGCAGGCCCGGCAAGCCCGAGAUCAUCGACUACGACAACAAGUCGGUGCAACUCCGGUGGACUCCCCCCGAGAAGGACGGCGGCCGCCCCAUCACCCACUACCACGUGGAGAUGAAGGACAAGCUCUCCGUAGAAUGGAAGGAGGUUCUGCAGACGCCGGACACCAAGUGCGAGUGCACGGUGCCAGACCUGAAGGAAGGCACCAUCUACAGCUUCCGUGUCCGUGCUGCCAACAAGGCUGGUGUCGGUGAGGCCUCCGAGCCCACCGAGAACCACCUGUGCAAGCACAAGAACUUGAAGCCGCGCAUCGACCGCACCAACUUCAAGUCGGUGACCAUCAAGGUGGGCCGCAGCCACAAGUGGGCGGUGGACUACAUCGGUGAGCCUGAACCAGAGGUGGAAUGGAUCUACAAGGACACCGUCCUGUCCAACAGCGACAAGAUCCAUAUCGAGAACACCGACCACCACACCGAGUUCUCCAUCUCCAAUGCCCAGAGGAAGGACGCCGGUCUCUACACCCUCAAGAUCGAGAACCGCAACGGCAAGGACCAGGAGACGGUCGAGCUCGUUGUUCUCGGUCGCCCCACCAAGCCCAAGGGUCCGCUGGACGUGUCCAACGUGCACGACACCGGCUGCCGCCUGAAGUGGGAGAAGCCUGAGGAUGACGGAGGAAUGCCGAUCAAGGAGUACGAGAUCGAGAAGAUGGAUCUGGCUACUGGCAAGUGGGUCAGAUGCGGCAAGUGCCCCGGAGCCACCGCGCCGCCGCACUUCAACGUCGAGGGCCUCGAACCCGGCCACCAGUACAAGUUCCGCGUCACCGCCGUCAACGACGAAGGCGACUCCGAGCCCCUGGAGGCCGACCAGGCUAUCCUCGCCAAGAAUCCUUACGAUGUUCCCUCGGCUCCUGGACGCCCCGAGAUCACGGACUACGACAAUAAGUCCGUCGACCUCAAGUGGACCGUGCCAGAAUCCGACGGCGGCGCUCCCAUCAUCAAGUACAUCGUACAGAAGAAGGAUAAGUUCAUGCCCGACUGGGAGGCAGCUGCUGAGGUGAAGAUGGACGUGUGCCAGCCCCUCAAGCCUGGCAUGCCCGUCGAGACCAAGGUGGGCGGCCUCAAGUACCGCGCGGAGUACCAGUUCAGGGUCAUUGCUGUCAACAAGGCCGGCAAUUCCCCCGAGUCUGAGCCAACGGAUCACCAUCUGGUCAAGCACAAGGCCCUGAAGCCACGCAUUGACCGCACCAACCUGAAGCAGACCACCACCAAGGCCACUCGCAAUGUCAAGUUCGACGUUAACAUCGAGGGUGAGCCUGUCCCCACCGUCAAAUGGUACUACGAGGGCAAAGAGAUCACCGACCAGAACAUCGAGAUCGUGAACGUGGACUACAACAGCAAGUUCAGCAUGGUGGACGCCAAGAGGAAGCAGACCGGAAUGUACAAGAUUGUUGCCGAGAACAUUCACGGCAAAGACGAGGUCGAAGUCGAGAUCGUCAUCUUGUCUGGUCCUGGAAAACCCAAGGGUCCACUCAAGGUCUCGGAUGUGACCAAGAAGGGCUGCAAGCUCAAGUGGGACAAACCCGACGACGACGGCGGCAAGCCCAUCCAGGAAUACCUGGUUGAGAAGCAGGACCCUAACACUGGUCGCUGGGUCCCCGUCGGACGCACAAAGGACCUGGAGAUGGACGUGCCCGGCCUGCAGGAGGGCAAGGAAUACAUGUUCCGCGUGAAGGCCGUCAACGACGAAGGCGAGUCCGAGCCCCUGGAGACCGACCACGCCAUCCUUGCCAAGGACCCCUAUGGUCCCCCUGGCAAACCCGGCAUCCCUGACAUCGUGGACUGGGACGUGGACCGCGUCGACCUCAAGUGGGAAGCUCCCAAGGACACCGGUGGCGCCCCCAUCACCAAGUACAUCAUCGAGAAGAAGGAGAAGUAUGGAACUUGGGAAACCAUUCAUGAGUCGGAGGGUCCGAAGACCGAGUGCCGUGUCCCUGGCCUGACCGAGGGCAAGACCUACCAGUUCCGAGUCACAGCUGUUAACAAGGCUGGUCCUGGCGAACCGUCCGAUCCUACCAAGCCUCACCUUGCUAAGGCCAGAUUCCUGAAGCCUAUCAUCAACCGUGAGAAGUGCAAGAGGAUCGUGGUCCGCGCAAGCCAGAAGGUGUUCCUCGAGGUCGACGUCAAGGGUGAACCUCCUCCGGAGAUCUGGUGGACACUCAACAAGAAGAAGGUAGAGUCUGGCGCGAACUACAUCGUGCAGUCUGAAGACUACCUCACCAAGAUCACCAUCAAUGACGCCGAGAGGAAGCACACCGGCAUGUACCACAUCCACGCCAAGAACGACUCUGGUUCUGACGAGGCGGAGGUCGAGAUUGUCGUGCUGGAUCGCCCUUCAAGGCCUGAAGGCCCGCUGGAAAUCUCCGACGUACACAAGGAAGGAUGCAAGCUUAAGUGGAAGCCUCCUAAGGACGACGGCGGCCUGCCCAUUGACGGCUACGUUGUCGAGAAGAUGGACGUGACCACAGGCCGAUGGAUGCCGUGCGCGCGUGUGGACGGCGACACGACGGACGCCGAGGUGACCGGCCUGGAGCCCGGCAAGAAGUACGAGUUCCGCGUGCGCGCCCACAACGAGGAGGGCGACUCCGACCCCCUGGACGGCGACCGCGCUAUCGUCGCCAAGGAUCCCUUCGACAAGCCAGGACCUCCCGGCCUGCCGGAGAUCGUCGACUUUGACGAGAACAGCGUGAAGCUGAAGUGGGAUCCUCCCAUCAGGGACGGCGGCGCUGAGAUCACCGGCUACAUCCUGGAGAUGAAGCCUAAGGACUCAGACCACUUCGUGGAGUGCGGCAAGAUCCAGGGCAACGUGUGCACGGGCCCCGUCAAGGGCCUGACGGAAGGCGAGAAGUACGAGUUCCGCGUCAAGGCCGUCAACAAGGCCGGCGUCGGCGAGCCCUCGGACUCCACCCUCCCGCACACCGCUCGCGCUCGCUUCCGCAAGCCGCGCAUCGACCGCACCAACGUGAAGGACGUCGUGAUCAAGACGGGUCAGCAGUACCUGUACGACAUCGACGUCAGCGGCGAACCAAAGCCCACUAACGUCUGGACUUUCAACAACAAGCCCUUGCAUUCUUUCCCCGAACAGGAGGUGCUGACGAAGGACACGAUGCGCGUGGACUCUACGGGCAACAACACCAAGCUGGUCAUCAUGAAGGCGCAGAGGAGCAUGAACGGCAAGUACAUUCUCACCGCCAAGAACAAGCACGGCGAGGACUCCGUCGAGAUCAACCUCACAGUCCUCGGACCGCCAAGCAAGCCCAUGGGCCCUCUGGAGGUCACCGACGUCAAGGCCAACGGCUGCAAGCUCAAGUGGAAGAAGCCGGAGGAUGACGGCGGAAUGCCCAUCGACCACUACGAGAUCGAGAAGCUCGACCCGCUCACCGGCCAAUGGAUGCCGUGCGGCGAGUCUAAGGUGCCCGAGUACGACGUCACGGGGCUCCAGGAGGGAAAGAAGUACAAGUUCCGCGUGAAGGCCGUGAACGCCGAGGGCGAGUCCGAGCCUCUGGAGGCUGACCAGGCCAUCAUCGCCAAGAAUCCCUUCGAUCCUCCAAGCAAGCCCGGCAAGCCCAAGGCAACCAACUGGGACCGUGACUUCGUGGAGCUGGAGUGGACGAAGCCCAAGUCCGACGGCGGCGCCGACAUCACCAAGUACACCAUCGAGAAGCGUGAUGUGUCCGGCCGCGGCUGGACCGAGUGCGGCAGCGGCCCCGGCGACCGCCUCAAGAUCAAGAUCAUCGACGUGGAGCCCGACCACGAGUACCAGUUCCGCGUCAUCGCCCACAACAAGGCCGGCCCCUCCGAGCCCUCCGACCCCUCGGACAACGUCAUCUGCAAGCCCAGAUUCCUGGCGCCGCGCAUCGACCGCAAGUCCCUGGGCCGCAAGACGAUCCGCUCGGGGAUAACCUUCAAGAACGAGACGACCGUGACCGGCGAGCCCGACCCCACCAUCAAGUGGUCGUUCAAGGGCGAGCCCAUCAAGAACGAGCGGCUGACCAUCCAGAGCGAGGAGCAUCUGACCACCAUGAUCCUGAGGAAGGCCAAGCGCUCCGACACGGGCAUCUACACCAUCUUCGCCAAGAACGACUCAGGCACCGACGAGGCCGAGCUCGACCUGAUCGUCAUCGGGCGUCCGGGCAAGCCCAAGGGCCCGCUGAAGGUGUCCGACGUGACCGCCGAGUCCGUGAAGCUCAAGUGGGAGCCUCCGGAGGACGACGGCGGCGAGCCCAUCGACCACUACGUGGUGGAGCGCAUGGACACCGAGACGGGCCGCUGGGUGCCGGUCACCGAGUCCAAGAGCCCCGAGGCUGAGGUUCCCGGGCUGACUGAGGGCAAGGAGUACCAGUUCAGGGUCAGGGCCGUCAACUCCGAGGGCGAGUCCGAGCCCCUCGAGACCGAGACGCCCACCAAGGCCAAGAAUCCCUUCGAUCCUCCCAGCAAGCCCGGCAAGCCCGAGGUGAAGGACUACGACCGGACGUGGUGCGAGCUCAAGUGGAAGGCCCCCGACAGCGACGGCGGCGCCCCCAUCACCCACUACAUCAUCGAGAGGAAGGACAAGUUCUCCUCCAAGUGGGUCAAGCACUGCGACACCAAGAGCAGCAAGACCGAGUUCAAGGUGGAGGACCUCACUGAAGGUCAGACCUACCAGUUCCGCGUCAAGGCUGUCAACAAGGCCGGCCAGAGCAAACCUUCAGAUCCUUCUGAUAACUUUACUGCUAAGGCCAAGUUCCUUGCCCCCGUGAUCGACCGCUCCAACCUGGACGACAUCCGCGUGCGCGCCGGCCAGAUGAUUAAGUUCGACGCCCGCGUGACCGGCGAGCCCGUCCCCAAGAAGACGUGGUUCAUCAACAAGGCCCGCCAGGAGGGCGACAAGGACGGCAUCAAGAUCGACGAGGAGGACCACCGCACCAAGCUGGUCAUCCCGUCUUGCACUCGCGCCCACAAUGGCACCUUCGUCAUCAAGGCUGAGAACACGGCCGGCAAGGACGAGGUCACCAUUGAAGUCAUCGUUCUUGACAAGCCCGGCAAGCCAGAGGGACCACUCAAGGUGUCCGACGUCCACAAGGAGGGAUGCACACUCAGGUGGAAGGAGCCUCUGGACGACGGCGGCGCCCCCAUUGAGCAGUACAUCGUAGAGAAGCUGGACACCGAGACCGGCCGCUGGGUCCCAGCAGGCAGGUCCCGCGAGCCCAACAUGGUGGUCGAGAACCUGGAGCCGAACCACGAGUACAAGUUCCGCGUGUCGGCCAUCAACAGCGAGGGCGAGUCCGAGCCUCUGGAGGGCCUGGACACCAUCAUCGCCAAGAACCCCUUCGAUCCCCCAGAUCCCCCAGGCAAGCCUGAGCCCACCGACUGGGACAAGGACUUCGUCGAGCUCAAGUGGACCAAGCCGGCCAAGGACAACGGCGCCCCCAUCACGGGCUACAUCAUCGAGAAGCGCGACGAGGCUUCCGGCAAGUGGAUCAAGGCGGCCGAGGUCAGGGGUCAGGAGCCUAAGGGCCGCGUCAACAACCUGGACGAGGGCGAGACCUACGAGUUCCGCGUCCGGGCUGUCAAUGAGGCUGGCCCAUCAGACCCAUCUGAGCCUAGCAAGCCCGUUACUUGCAAGCCUAGAAAGUUGGCUCCUAAGAUCGACCGCCGCAACCUCCGCGACCUGACCGUCCGCGAGGGAGAGCCCAUCCUCAUCGACGUGAAGGUGAUUGGUGAGCCCGUUCCUGAGACCGAAUGGUUCCUUGGCAAGAAGUCCGUCAAGGAGACCAACACCAUCUCCAUCAAGAACGUUCCUUACAACACCAAAUACAUCAACGAUGAGCCUCUCCGCAAGCACUCUGGCGUGUACAAGAUCGUGGCCACUAACCAGCACGGCCGCGAUGAGGCUGAAAUCAGCAUCACUGUUAUCUCCAAGCCUGGCAAGCCCGAAGGACCUCUUGAGGUUUCCGGCAUCCACAAGGAAGGAUGCAAGCUCAACUGGAAGCCACCCAAGGACGACGGCGGCGUGCCCGUCGAGGGCUACAUCGUCGAGAAGUUCGACCCUGACAUGGGCUUGUGGCUGCCAGUGGGCAAGUCCAGUAACCCUGAGAUGGAGGUGACUGACCUCACUCCCGGGCACGAGUACGAGUUCCGCGUGAAGGCCUUCAACAAGGAGGGCGAAUCCGAACCGCUGGUGACGCUCUCGCCCAUCACGGCCAAGGACCCCUUCACUGUUCCUGGCAGGCCCGGAGCUCCUUCGGCCACGGACUGGGACGCCACGCGCAUCGACAUCAAGUGGAGCGAACCCAUUGAUGAUGGUGGCUCUCCCAUCACUCACUAUAUUGUUGAGAAGAGGGAUAAGUACACCAAUCUGUGGGAAAAGGCUGGUGAGUCCGACGGCCCCGAAUGCAAGGCCUCUAUCACCAACCUGACGGAAGGCAUGGAGUACCAGUUCCGCGCCAUCGCCGUCAACCGCGCCGGACCCGGAGAGCCUGGCGACCCGAGCAAGACCAUCACUGCCAAGGCCAGAUUCGUUCCUCCGAGGAUCGACCGCAAGAACCUGCGCGACAUCACCGUGUCCGCGGGCUCCAUGAUCAAGUACGACUGCGACAUCUCCGGCGAGCCUCCUCCGUCCGUUACCUGGACCUUCGAUAACCGCAAGCUGGACUCCAACCGCCACGUCAACAUCACCAACGUGGACUACAACUCCAAGCUGGUGAUCCGUGAGGCGGUGCGCGAUGACACCGGCGAGUACACCAUCCAGCCCGGCGCGCCCAUGGGUCCGCUCAGGGUGUCCGAGGUGUAUGCCGAGGGCUGCAAGCUCACCUGGAACCCUCCUGCCGACGACGGAGGCUGCCCCAUCGAUCACUACGUGGUUGAGAAGAUGGACGAGGCCACCGGACGCUGGAUGCCCGCCGGCGAGACUGACGGCAAGGAAACCAACUUCGAUGUCGAGGACCUGACACCCGGUCAUAGGUACAAGUUCAGGGUCAAGGCUGUCAACCGUUUGGGAACCUCCGAUCCUCUCACCACUCAGCAGGCUAUCGAAGCUAAGAAUCCAUUCGACCCACCGAGCGCACCCAAGGAUCUCAAGAUCGUGGACUUCGACUGCGACUUCGUGGACCUCGAAUGGAAAAAGCCCGACACCGACGGAGGUUCUCCCAUCUCCAGCUAUAUCAUCGAGAAGAGGGACCGUUACAACCCACUGUGGGACAAGUGCGCCACCGUGGAAGGCGAUGCGUGCCGCGCCCACGUGCCCGGCCUGAUGGAGGGCAACGUGUACGAGUUCCGCGUCAUAGCUGUGAACAAGGCAGGCCCCGGAGACCCCUCCGAGCCCACCAAGCCCCACGUUGCUCGGCCUAAGAAUCUUCCUCCUCGCAUUGACCGCAAUGCCAUGGUGGAUGUGAAGAUCAAGGCAGGUGAGAACCUGAACUUGCACGUGCCGGUGGUCGGCGAGCCUCCCGCGACCAAGCAAUGGCGGGUCAAGGACAGCGACCUCUACCCCAACGACCGCCUCUCCAUUAUCAACGACGACUAUUCAACCACCAUCAAGAUCAUCGACUGCAAGCGCUCCGACACAGGCGCGUUCACCCUCAACGCCCGCAACAAGAACGGCGAGGACACCUGCACUGUCAACAUCACAGUGCUGGACGUCCCCGGCAUUCCCGAGGGCCCCAUCAAGUACAGCAACGUUAAUCGCAACGGCUGUACUCUCACCUGGAAGCCGCCCAAGGACGAUGGCGGCUCCGAGAUCCUGCACUACGCAGUCGAGAAGAUGGACCUGGACACUUGCCGCUGGGUGCCCUGCGGCGAUGUCAAGGGCACGAGCCUGCAGGUAGACAACCUCAUCGAGGGCCACGAGUACAAGUUCCGCGUGGCGGCCGUCAACCGCCAGGGCGACGGUCCUCCCCUCACAGCCCUGGACACCGUCGUCGCCAAGGACCCCUACACCAAGCCCGGCAAACCCGGCACUCCCGAGAUCAUGGACUGGGACAAGGACCGCGUCGACCUCCAAUGGACCGACCCCCGCUCCGACGGAGGCGCCCCCAUCACCGACUACAUCAUCGAGAAGAGGAAGCGCUACGGCCCUUGGGAGAAGGCGGCCGAGAUUCCCGCCAAGCACGGCCCCAAGGCCUCCAUUCCCGACCUCACCGAGGGCGAGGAAUAUCAGUUCCGCGUCAUCGCGGUUAACAAGGCCGGCAACUCCGACCCCUCGGACGCCUCCCAGCCCGUGGUGUGCAAGGCCCGCUUCGAAAAGCCCGCCAUCGAUACCAAGGACCUGGGCGACCUGGUCCUCAAGGUUAACACUCGCCUUAACUACACCGUGCCCAUCCGCGGCGCCCCCAGGCCCAAGGUGUCCUGGAGCGUCGAUGGAAAGGUUCUGGAGGAGUCCGAGCGCGUCGACAUGCAGACCUAUGGCAAGCAGACCAUUCUGGACAUUGCCUUCGCUCAGCGCACAGACAGCGGUCGCUACACCCUGACCCUGGAGAACGAACUGGGCAAGGUGUCCGCCUCGGGCACCGUCAUCGUGCUCGACAAGCCUUCUCGUCCCGAGGGCCCUCUGAUCGUGUCCGAUGUGACCCGAGAGAGCUGCAAGGUCUCAUUCAAGACCCCGCUCGACGACGGCGGCUCGCCCAUCCUCCACUACCUGGUGGAGAAGAUGGACGUGUCCCGAGGCACCUGGACGGAGGCUGCCGAGGUGUCUGGUCUUCAGGCUGAUGUCCACGGCCUCGUGCACAUGAAGGAGUACCACUUCCGCGUCAAGGCUGUCAAUACCAUUGGCGAGUCUGAGCCUCUUUGCACUGACAAGAGCAUCAUUGCAAAGAAUGCUCAAGACGAGCCCAGCCCGCCCGGCCGCCCCAACGUGGUUGACUGGGACAGGGACCACGUCGACCUGGAAUGGACUCCGCCCAGCAACGACGGCGGCGCUCCCAUCACCGGAUACAUAAUCCAGAAGAAGGAGCGCGGAUCGCCUUACUGGCAGACGGCAGCGCGCCUGAGUGGCCCAGAGACCAAGGGCACCGUGCCCAACCUGAUGGAGGGACAGGAAUACGAAUUCCGUAUCAUCGCCGUCAACAAGGUCGGCAACUCUGAGCCCUCUGAGCCUUCAGACUCCGUCAUCUGCAAGCCUAGGCAUCUGGCACCCAAGAUCCUCGGCCCGCUCUACGACGUGCGCAUCAAGGCCGGCCAGGUCCUCCACAUCGACGUGGACUACAUCGGCGAGCCUUCGCCCGACGUCUUCUGGUUCAAUGAUGACAAGGAAGUCAACUCCGACAUCAGGACGACCAUCACUGCCAUCAACAACCACAGCGUCCUGCACUCCGUCAACACCGUCCGGGCGGACUCCGGCGAGUACCGUAUCCGCGUCAAGAACGAGAGCGGACAGGACGAAGCCACCAUCAAUGUGGUCGUCAUGGACACGCCAGGACCUCCCGAAGGACCCCUGGUGUACGAGGAAGUCCAGGCCAACAGCGUCGUCAUGUCAUGGAAGCCUCCUCUUGACAAUGGCGGCAGCCCUAUCACUGGCUAUGUGAUCGAGAAGCGCGACCUCGACCACGGCGGCGGCUGGGUCCCUGCCGUGAGCUGGGUUGACCCCAAGAACACCCACGCCACCGUGCCGCGCCUCCUGGAGGGCACCACCUACGAGUUCCGUGUCAUGGCGGAGAACAUGCAGGGCCGCGGCGAGCCUCUGGCAAGCGACAAGCCUGUCACCGCCAAGGCUUCUGCUGACGUUCCUGGCCGUCCCGGACGCCCCAACUGCGUGGACUCCGACAAGGACUUCAUCAAGAUCAGCUGGACUCCUCCUCGUUCCACCGGUGGCUCCCCCAUCACCGGCUACGACGUCGAGCGUUGCAGCAUCCACGCCGGCCGCUGGAAGAAGGUCAGCCGCGACAACGUGCGUGGAACGGAAUUCACCGACGAGACUGUCAACGAGGGCGAGCAGUACCAGUACCGCGUCAUCGCCAACAACAAGAUGGGAGCGUCCAUGCCCUCCGAGCCCUCGCACCCCAUCGCCGCCAAGCCCAUGCGCGAGGCGCCCAAGCUGUACCUGGACGGCCUGCUGGGCAAGAAGCUCAAGGUGCGCGCCGGCGAGCCCAUCGACAUCAAGAUCCCGAUGUCGGGCGCCCCGCAGCCCUCUUGCGAAUGGGCCAAGAACAAGAAGAAGAUCGAGCCCAGCAAGAGGACCUCGCUGGAGACCACGAACGACCACUGCCGUCUGUUCGUGGACAAGUCCCGACGCGAGGACUCCGGCCCGUACACCAUCACGGCCGAAAACGCCUACGGCAAGGACUCGGCCGACAUCGAGGUCAUCGUCGUGGACAAGCCCAGCCCUCCCAUCGGGCCACUCACGCCCACGGAGAUCACCGCCCACACCGUGUCCCUCACGUGGAAGCCCCCGCAGGAUAACGGCGGCUCCGAGAUCACCGGCUACGUCAUUGAGAAGACCGAAGCCAACUACAACAUGUGGAAGGUCGUGCCCGGGUACUGCCCCAAGUGCAACUUCACGGUCAAGGGCCUGGAGGAGGGCAAGAAGUACCGCUUCCGCGUCCGCGCCGAGAACAUGUACGGCGUGUCGGAGCCUCUGGAGGGCAAGCCGGUGGAGGCCAAGAACCCCUUCGACCCGCCGGACGCGCCCGAGCGCCCCGACAUCCUCGGCUACAGCCCGUCCACCUGCACCCUCGAAUGGAAGCCGCCCGCGGACAACGGAGGACGUCCCGUUACCGGCUACAUCAUCGAGAAGCGCGAGCGCGGUGGCGAAUGGAUAAGGGUGAACCACUACCCGACACCCAACACGGAGUACACCGUGCAGGGCCUGACGGAGGGAAGCCGCUACGACUUCCGCAUCAUCGCCGUCAACGAGGCCGGCCCCGGCAAGCCUAGCAAGCCUUCCAACUCCAUCGUGGCGAAGGUCCAGAAGUACCUGCCCGGGCCGCCCGACGCGCCCAAGCCGGACCGCAUCGGCCGCAACUGCGUGACCCUCUCGUGGCGUCCGCCCAGCCAGGACGGCGGCUCCAAGAUCAGGGGCUACCUGCUCGAGUACAAGAAGAAGGACGAGGAGGAAUGGACUCAGGACAACAACCUGCCUCACCCCGACACCAACUAUACUGUGCUCAACCUGACGGAGCUGCAGGAGUACGUGUUCCGCGUGAUCGCCGUCAACGACGUGGGUAACUCGGCCCCGUCGCGCCCGUCCGCGCCCAUCAAGAUCGAGGAGCAGGCCAACAAGCCUCGCAUCGACCUCAGCGGCAUCCGCGACAUCGUUGUUCGCGCCGGCGAGGACUUCUCCAUCCACGUCCCGUACACCGGCUUCCCGAAACCGACGUCCAUCUGGUACCACGACGACGAGGAGAUGAACAUCGAGGGCGACACACGCAUCCACGAGAAGCUCACCGACGACUAUUGCGCCAUGAUCGUCACGAACUCGAAGCGCACGGACAGCGGGCCGUACAAGCUCCGCCUCCAGAACCCGUCCGGAUUCGACUCCGUGAACGUGAACGUGCGCGUCCUGGACCGGCCCGCGCCGCCCGAGAACCUUCGCGCCGACGAGUUCAACGGCGACGCCCUCACCCUCUUCUGGAAUCCUCCCAAGGACAACGGCGGAGGAGAGAUCACCAACUACGUGGUGGAGAAGCGCGAGGGCCGCGGCAACUGGGUGAAGGUCAGCAGCUACGUGACGGCGCCCUUCCUCCGCAUCCGCAAUCUCACGGUCAACCAGGACUACGAGUUCCGUGUGAUGGCUGAGAACCAGUACGGCACCUCCGACCCCUGCACGUCGCCGACGCCCAUCAAGGCCAGGCAUCCAUUCGAUCCCCCGGGCGCCCCAGGAGCUCCUCGCGGCCUGGAGUCCACCGAGGACUCGAUCACCAUCAGCUGGAUCAAGCCCCGCCACGACGGCGGCGCCUACAUCCAGGGCUACAACGUGGAGAAGCGCGUCGUGGGCGAGAGCAUCUGGAGCAAGGCCAACCACGCCCUCAUCAAGGACACCACGUACCGCGUGAUCAACCUCAUCGAGCACCAGGAGUAUGAGUUCCGUGCCGCCGCCGUCAACGCCGCCGGCCAGGGCCCCUGGAGCGACCCCAGCGAGAACAUCAAGUGCAUCAGCUUCCGUGCUCCUAAGAUCACAUCUGACCUCAGCAUCCGUGACAUGACUGUGAUUGCCGGCGAGGAGUUCACGAUCACCGUGCCGUUCAUCGCCUCGCCGCAGCCCAAGGUGCAGUGGUGGAUCGGCCCCAACGAAGUCAUCCCCGACGAGAGGGUCCACUUCCAGAUGGACACAGGUUCUUCCUCCACUAUCUUUGUCAACAAGAGUGCCAAGCGCUCUGACAUUGGCAAGUAUACUGUGAAGCUGACCAACACCGAGGGCGCUGACUCCGGCUCCUGCAAGGUCAACGUGGUGGACAGGCCAUCGCCUCCUCAGGGUCCUCUCGAGGUCUCGGACAUCACGCCGGACACCUGCUCCCUGGCGUGGCGUCCUCCGAUGGACGACGGCGGCUCGCCCGUCACCAACUACCAGGUGGAGCGCCUCGACCCGCACUCAGGCAUUUGGGUCAAGGUCUCGGCCUUCGUCCGCAACUGCCAUUACGACGUGAUGGGACUGGAACCAAACAAGCAGUACAUGUUCCGCAUCCGCGCGGAGAACCAGUACGGCCUCUCCGAUCCCUUGGAGACCACGGACCCCAUCACGGCCAAGUUCCCCUUCACUGUGCCGGAUCCUCCUGGCCGCCCCAACAUUCUGGAUCACGAUGUCAACUCUGCUGUCCUGACCUGGGAUCGCCCGACCUCCGACGGCGGCGCCAAGAUCCAGGGCUACAAGGUGGAGUACCGCGAUGUCACAGACACCAACUGGUCCGCAGCCAACGACUUCCUGGUUAAGGAGAACACUUACACUGUGCAUUCUCUCCUCGUCAACCACGAGUACGAGUUCCGCGUGAAGGCCAUGAAUGCCGCAGGAUACAGCAAGUACUCGCCGCCGAGCAAGAAGAUCAAGAUGAAGGGUAAGUACUCCGUCCCGUCACCACCAGGCACUCCUGUGGUCACCAAGAUCGGCAAGAACUACGUGGAUCUCACCUGGACCGUGCCGGAGAGCGACGGUGGAUCGCGUAUCACUGGCUACAUGAUCGAGAAGCGUGAGAUUGGUAGCAUCUGGAUGAAGUGCAACGACUACAAUGUGGUCGACACUCAGUACACUGUCACCAACCUCACCGAAGGCAGCGACGUCGAAUUCCGCGUCUACGCCAUCAACGCUGCUGGCAAGUCUGACCCGUCACAGAGCGGCCCGCCCGUCAAGAUCCGCGAGGCAGCUCCUGGAGAGAAGCCGUUCUUCAUCAAGAACUUGCACAACACCGCCGUCGCCCUGCACAAGUCCAUCACCCUGGAGUGCGAGGCUGAGGGCAAGCCGACGCCAAAGGCUCGCUGGCUGAGGAACGGUCGCGAGGUCACCCUCGGAGGCCGCAUCAGCGCCGAGGACAAGGACGGAAAGUUCAGGCUCAUCAUCUCCGACAUGUGGGAGGUCGAUGAGGGCGACUACGCCUGCGUGGCCGCCAACGACGCCGGCCAAGCCACCACCAUCGCCCACGUCAAGAUCGGCAACCCGCCGCGCAUUACGCAGAUGCACGAUUCCCUGUACCUGCCUGAGGGAGACAACACCAAGAUCAAGAUCUACUUCAGCGGAGAUCUGCCUCUCGAUGUCAGUCUUACCCACAACGGCGAGCCCAUGCAGGAAUCGCAGCGCCUCAAAUUCACUGUCUUUGAUGAAUUCAUCAUCAUUUUCAUCAGAGAAGUUGUUAAGGAGGAUGCUGGUCAGUACACACUCACAGUUAAGAAUGACUCUGGCAUUGUUCAGGGCAACUUCACUGUGUACAUCACUGGCGUACCUGGCGCUCCAUCUGCUCCUCUGGACGUCACUGACAUCAGCCGCCACAUGUGCAGCCUGUCAUGGCGCCCACCAGUCUACGACGGCGGCCUGCCCAUCACACACUACGUGGUUGAGCGCAAGGACAUCACAUACAACAACUGGAUCACGAUCAACUCCUUCUGCAGAGAGUGCGCCUUCACUGUGCAGGGUCUCACCGAGGGCCAGGAGUACCUGUUCCGUGUCAUGGCUGUCAACGAGAACGGCAUGGGCCCGCCUCUGACGGGCGUCAAUCCCAUCAAGGCCAAGGCGCCCUACGACCCGCCCUCGCCUCCCGGCACACCCAACGUCACCGAGGUGGGCGGCGACUUCGUGCACCUGGAAUGGGACAAGCCCGAGCACGACGGCGGCUCCCGUAUCAAGGGCUACUGGAUCGAGAAGCGCGAGGUCGGCUCCAACAUCUGGACGAUGGUCAACCAGUACAUCUGCCCCGCCACGCAGGUCAACGUGUCCAACCUCAUCGAGGACAGGCAGUACGAGUUCCGCGUCUUCGCCGAGAACGAGGCCGGCAUGUCCGAGCCCUCCGUUUGCUCCACCUCCGUCAGGAUCAAGGAUCCCAACGCGGCCACUCCGCCUGUCAUCGUUACUCCUCUGCGCUCUGUCAUGGCUCUGCAGCACAGGAGCGCCACGCUCACCUGCCAGAUCCAGGGCAAGCCAAAGCCAACUAUCUCCUGGUUCAAGGGCAUGCGCGAGCUGUGCAACAGCGCUAAGUAUGCCAUGACCCGCGACGGCGACAGCUACUCCCUGACCGUGCACGACGUGUACGGCGAGGACGAGGACGAGUACAUGUGCCGCGCCCAGAACAUCGGUGGCAUCAGGAGCACCAAGGCUGAAGUCACCAUCAAACUGGCGCCCAAGAUCAACGUGCCGCCCAGGUUCCGCGACACCGCCUUCUUCGACAAGGGCGAGAACGCCGUCAUCAAGAUUCCUUUCAUCGGCAACCCGCGGCCGAGGAUCACAUGGCAGCGCGAGGGCGAGACCAUCGAGUCUGGCGGCCACUACGCCGUCGAGACGCAGCAGCGCCACGCCAUCCUCACCAUGCGCGACGUCAACCACCUGGACACCGGCAGCUACCGCCUCACCGCAGAGAACGAGCUCGGCUCCGACUCCGUCAUCAUCAAGAUCCAGAUCUCCGACCGCCCCGACCCGCCGCGCAUGCCCAAGGUGGAGAGCGUGCUGGGCACCGAGUGCGUGAUCAGCUGGCAGAUCCCGCUGUGGGACGGCGGCGCCAACAUCAACAACUACAUCAUCGAGAAGCGCGAGCUGCCCAUGGAGUCGUGGAUCAAGUGCGCCAACACGCGCCUCACCACGGCCCAGAUCAAGGGCCUGAGCCCCGGCCACAAGUACCAGUUCCGCAUCUACGCCGAGAACGUGUACGGCCGCUCCGACCCGUCCGCCGUCACCAGCAUCGUGGAGACGCCCGCGCCCGUGUCCAAGAAGCCCAAGAAGAAGCAGUACGAGCUCGACGAGACCGGCAAGAAGAUCCGCGGCAGGAAGGAAGUCGUCGACGACUACGACAAGUUCGUGUUCGACGUGUACUCCAAGUACAUCCCUCAGCCCGUGGACAUCAAGCACGACUCCGUCUACGAGUACUACGACAUCCUGGAGGAGAUCGGCACCGGCGCGUUCGGCGUAGUCCACAGGUGCCGCGAGCGCAAGACCGGAAACAUCUUCGCGGCCAAGUUCAUCCCCGUCGCCUCGGCCAUGGAGAAGGAGCUCAUCCGAAAGGAGAUCGACAUCAUGAACCACCUCCACCACCACAAGCUCAUCAACCUCCACGACGCUUUCGAGGACGAUGACGAGAUGGUCCUUAUCUUCGAGUUCCUGUCUGGAGGCGAGCUGUUCGAGCGCAUCACCGCCGAGGGUUACGUCAUGUCCGAAGCCGAGGUCAUCAACUACAUGCGCCAGAUCUGCGAAGGCGUCAAACACAUGCACGAGAAGAACAUCAUCCAUCUUGACGUCAAGCCGGAGAACAUCAUGUGCCAGACCAGGACGUCGACCAACGUCAAGCUGAUCGACUUCGGCCUGGCCACCAAGCUGGACCCCAACGAGGUCGUCAAGAUCUCGACGGGCACGGCGGAGUUCGCGGCGCCUGAGAUCGUGGAGCGCGAGCCCGUCGGUUUCUACACCGACAUGUGGGCCGUCGGCGUCCUCGCCUACGUGCUCCUCAGCGGCCUCUCGCCCUUCGCCGGAGAGAACGACAUCGAGACCCUCAAGAACGUCAAGGCCUGCGACUGGGACUUCGACGAGGAGGCCUUCGCCAACGUGUCCAACGAGGCCAAGGACUUCAUCCGCCGUCUCCUCGUCAAGAACAAGGAGAAACGCUUGACCGCCCACGAGUGUCUAAUGCACGCCUGGUUGCGCGGAGACUACUCACCCCGCCUCGAGCCCAUCGAUAUGAUGCGUUACAUUCCCAUUCGUGAUAAGAUCCGCGCUAAGUACAAGGAGUGGGAGAAGUUCCUCCUGCCCAUCGGUCGCCUGGCUGAGUACUCGUCUCUCAGAAAGCUGCAGCUUGAGAAGUACAGGAUACAUGACACGCACUUCGACCGCCGACAGUGUGCUCCUCGCUUUGUUAUCCGACCACAGAACGCCUUCGCUUACGAGGGCCAGAGCGUCAAGUUCUCUUGCCGCAUCGUAGGCGUUGCUGUGCCGACGGUAUGCUGGUUCCACAACAACAUGGAGCUCCGCCAGUCCGUCAAGUACAUGAAGCGAUACUCUGGCGAGGACUACACCUUCGUCAUCAACCGCGUGAAGCUGGAUGACCGCGGCGAGUACAUCAUCCGCGCUGAGAACCACUAUGGCGCCCGCGAGGAGCCCGUCUUCCUCAACGUCCAGCCCAUGCCACCAGAGAUCCCGCAGUACAGACCGCAGGAACAGAUCGUCCGCCGCCGCCAGGCCCUCAGCUACAAGAUGUGGCAGGAGGAGUCGGAGGGCGCCCCGAGCUUCACUUUCCUCCUCCGUCCGCGUGUGAUCCAGUGCCACCAGACAUGCAAGCUCCUCUGCUGUCUGUCUGGCAAGCCCACGCCCACAGUCAAGUGGUUCAAGGGCGCCAAGGAACUCACCAAAUCCGACUACACAAUGAGCCACGCCGACGGUGUGGUCACCAUAGAGAUCGUUAACUGCAAGCCAGGUGACUCUGGCAAGUACAAAUGCGUGGCCACCAACCACCUCGGCACCGACGAGACCUCCUGCGUAGUCAUCGUUGAAGGCUCUGGAGAUCGCACUGACGAACAGAACUCUCUCAUGAAGUCUAUGAAGUUCACAGACCGAAGGUACAUCGAGACGACCAUCAAGGACCUCCCCCCACCUCCGACCCCCGCCAUCAGAGUUGAAGAUUCUAGCUCUUCCUCCAGCUACUUCAGUUCCACACACAAGUCUGCCGCCACCAUCGCCGUGACCAGCAGUUCAUCAUCCCGACAGGAGAGCCGAAGCAGCAAAGUCGAGACCUCCUCCACUUCCGUGUCCGCUUCCUCCACCUCCACGGGGGCCAAGAGACAACUCAAGCCCUAUGGCAAGAGGCAAGAUUCCACUGGCUCAACCUCCAGGUCUCGGUCCGCCACAAAGGAACUUGAGUUGCCGCCCGACGAUGCCCUGAUGGGACCUCCAGGAUUCUCGGGAGAACUCCCCAAGAUGCUGGCAGUUAAGGACGGCGACCCUCUCUGCCUCAAAUGUACAGUGAAGGGCGACCCUGAACCUCAGGUCACGUGGUUCAAGAACGGAGAGCCCCUCAGCUCGUCAGACAUCAUCGAUCUCAAAUACAAACAGGGUCUCGCAGCCCUCACCAUCAACGAAGUGUUCCCCGAGGACGAAGGCGAAUAUAUAUGCAAAGCCACCAGCUCGCUAGGCUCGGCGGAGACCAAAUGCAAGCUCAAGGUGACGCCCAUGGAGCAGCAGGUGAACGGCAAAGGAGGUCCGGGAGAUAAGAUUCCCAGAAUUACUGAACACUUAAAGUCCCAAGAAGUCCCAGACGGCACGCCGAUCACGCUAGUCUGCAAGAUCGGAGGAGCUACCAAGUUCGACGUCGUUUGGUUGCACAAUGAGAAGGAAAUCAAGCCCUCAAAGGACUUCCAGUACGUGAAAGAAGGAGACAAUUACCUCCUGAAGAUCGCUGAGGUGUUCCCCGAAGACGCUGGUACCUACACGUGCGAGGCCUUUAACGACGUUGGAGAAACAUUCAGUACCUGCACACUAGUUAUUUUAAUUCCUGCCGAAGAAAAGAAGCAACCCGCCUUCAAGACCUUCCCUACCUCGGCGACCGUGAGCGAGGGCAAGUCCGCGACCUUCACCGUCAAAUUCGAUAAGGAACCGACCAAGGUUUCAUGGGUGAAGGACGGCAAGCCAGUCGAUGAAAAGUCCCCUCGCUACAAGUUCCAACAGGAAGGCAAAAAGGAGUUCUCGUUCGCUAUCCCCAAAUGCCUAACGACAGACGUGGGUCAGUACGUGGUGAAGGCUGCGGGAAAGAAGGGUGAGACGACAGCAGCCUUCUCUCUCAACGUCUAUACCGCCGAAGACCUGUGAUCUGCUUCACGCGCUCUCCCAGGCAUUGAUAGGACCAUAUGGCCGUGAAGUCACGUGUUCUCGUUUCAAUGAGUCCUUUACGUGACUGACGAACUCCAUGGCCACUCAGCAAGCAUAUGCUCGCUGAGUUGGCCCUAGAGCAAGCAUUUUCAUCGUGUUAUAGUUACUGUGUGCAUGUUCGCUUCUGUGCUACAUGUAUUUUUCCUAUGAGAUUAUUUAUUAUUAAUACAUUUAUUAGCUAUAGUUUCCUUUUGAGAUGGAAGAGAUAUGUCUGAUGCGAGAAAGGUUUUGCCAUCAUAUCAAAGAUUUCUGCACACACGUGAACUAGAUGUAUGUAUUCAGUUUUGUGUCCGAUUCACAAGCAUUGUAUAUUGCCCUGUAAUGGUGACUCCGUGUAUGUUUGCCGACGACUGAACCAGCCAGAUCGUGCACUCAGCGCGUCAAAAAGAGAUGAACUCUGCGCACGUCUGAUGGAUUGUUUAGCACUGGGUCGUUCUUAGAUCACAACAUAAAUACGUCAGUCUACUGUUCACAUCUUUUUAACCCUUUUGAUUCUAAAUAGUGUUUUGUUCAGAGCCUUUAGUUUUGCUGUAAUCUAACCUCGGAUGACAGGCAUAAUCCGUUAUUGUAUAGGUUGGAAUUGCACCACAACUUAUAUGACUAUGGAUUGUGCUCCUAAUCGCCUCUCUCCAAUUCUCUGUCUCUCGAAGUUCCCGCCAUGUUCUCGUCGUUGUACGUCAUCAGCCUAUGAACCAAUCACAUAGCUCCCUGCGCUGCUCCCCAUACUACGUCAUCAGUCCACGAACCAAUCACACAAAACGUCUCCAGUGACAUGGUAACAUCUAUGUCAGUUAUCUCAGCAGACUAGCGUAGUAUGGCGCUCAGAUAGAACAGACAUUAACUGUAUGAGAAUUGCCAAUGUAACUUGUAUAAGGCUUUUACGCGAGAAAUAUAUGUGAAUUUUAUUA